AUGGCUUUCAUAUCAACUGCAUAUCAACCACAAGUAGUUGAAUCAGGAAAAGCUGAGAAAUGGUCUAAGAACACUAUAAAUUACGCUAAUGGUAUACGAAACAAACAGUUUGUUAUGAUUAUUCCACCUCCAAAUGUUACCGGUUACUUACAUUUGGGUCAUUCAUUGAUGGCAACUAUUCAAGAUGUUUUAUGCAGGCGAAAACAGCAAUUAGGAUAUGAAACUAUUUGGAUACCUGGCACAGAUCAUGCAGGAAUAGCCACCCAGGUUGUUGUUGAGAAGAAAUUAUUAAAGGAAAAAAAAUGUACAAGACAUCAAUUAGGUAGAGAAAAUUUUGUAAAAGAAAUAUGGGCAUGGAAAGAUGAAAAAGAGAAUAAAAUUAAUAGAGAUUUAAAAAAACUUGGAUGCUUAUUAAAUUGGGAUAAAGAAUAUUUUACUAUGGAUAAAAAACAAAGUGUAGCAGUUACAAAAGCAUUCAUUAAAUUAUUUGAAGAAAAUUUAAUUGAACGUAGGAAUUCCUUAGUAAAUUGGUCCUGCUCCUUACAAUCAGCAAUAAGCGAUAUUGAAGUGGAUUCAAGAGAAAUAAAUGGUCCGACAAUUAUAUCCGUUCCUAACCAUAACAAAAGUGUUACUUUUGGUCGACUAUAUGAUAUAUCGUAUAAAAUAAAAGAUUUAGACGAAGAAAUUGUUGUUUCCACAACGAGACCAGAGACUUUGUUAGGUGAUGUUGCAGUAGCAGUUAAUCCAAAUGAUCCAAGAUAUCAAAAAUAUAAAGAACAUUCAACUAUGUUAUGGCAUCCCUUUCGAAAUGAACAUAUUCCUUUAAUAUUUGAUGCAAAUGUGGAAAUCGAAUUUGGUACAGGUGCUGUUAAAAUAACACCAGCCCAUGACAAAAUUGAUUUUGAAAUUGCUGAACGUCACAAUUUAAAUACCCAAAUGAGUGUGUUUACAGAAGAAGGAAAAAUUAAUUCAAGCUAUGAAGAAUUUUCAAAUUUACCAAGAUUUGAAGCUAGAGAUAAGAUUCUAAAAGAUUUAUCUAAUUUAGGCUUACUUAAAGGUAUGAAAGAUCAUAAAAUGAUUUUACCAAUGUGCUCUAGAAGUAAGGAUGUUGUUGAAUAUAUGUUACGUCCACAGUGGUUUUUAAAAUGUCAAGAUAUGGCUAAAGAAGCAAUUAAAGCAGUAGAAAUAGGAAAAAUAAAAAUUCAUCCUCGAAAUUUUGAAAACGAAUGGUUUAAAUGGUUACAAAAUUCUAAAGAUUGGUGUAUAUCUAGACAAUUAUGGUGGGGUCAUCAAAUACCGGCGUAUUUAGCUAAAAUAAAUGACCGAAAAAUUUGGGUUGCUGCAGAAUCUGAGGAACAAGCUUUUGAAAAAGUUAAUUCUGUGUUAACAUCCGGAAAAGAAAAUAUUAAAAUCACUAGAGAUGAAGAUGUUUUGGAUACAUGGUUUUCAUCUUCUUUACUUCCAUUUUCUUGUUUUGACUGGCCAAAAGAAUCGUUUAAAAAUUUCUAUCCUUUGGAUUUAAUGGAGACUGGCCAUGAUAUUUUAUUUUUUUGGGUAGCUCGUAUGGUAAUGUUAGGACAAAAAUUAACAGGUGAUAUUCCAUUUAAAAAUAUUCUCUUAAAUGGAAUAGUUUGUGAUGCUCAUGGUAGAAAAAUGUCAAAGAGUUUGGGAAAUAUAGUUAUGCCAGAUCAAGUAAUAAAUGGAGCAUCAUUUGAGGAUAUGAAAUUAGAAAUUGAAAAAUCUCACAAUAGCGGAAUACUUAGUUCAGAUGAAAUGAAAAAAUCUGUUUCAAAUUUUAAAAAAAUUUUUCCAAAAGGGAUCCCAGAAUGCGGAACCGAUGCUUUACGUUUUACAUUACUGAGUCACAAUAUAAAAAGUCAUUUUAUAAAUUUUGAUGUAUCUGAAUGCCAUACUAACAGAUUAUUUUUGAACAAGAUAUGGCAAGCUACACGCUAUACUUUGCAAUCAUUUGAAAAAAUUAAAAUCGAUUCAUCCUUUAUGGAAAAUUUAAAACUAACUAGUUUAAAUCUAUGUAAUAUGGAUAAAUGGAUUUUAAGCCGUUUAAUGAAUACGAAAGAAAUAUGUUAUCAAAGCUAUGAUAACUAUAAUUUUCAUUUAGCAACACAAGCCAUUAAAACAUUCUUCUAUUCAAAUUUUUGUGAUACAUAUUUGGAAACAACAAAAUCUGCUGUACAAGAAAAUUCUAGCAAAGGAGUAUCUCAUUGUAUAGUCUUAGCGAUUUGUUUGAGUGAAGGGUUUAAAAUGAUGUCUCCUAUAACACCAUUUAUAACAGAGGAAUUAUCUCAGCAUAUUCCAAAAUUUUCAUUUAAAGAAAAUACUUUAGAUUCUACUUUUAUUAACGAUAAACUUGAAAUUGAAGUUGCAGAAAUUUUGAAUAUUUGUACAUCCAUUCGUCAAUUAAACAGUCAAAAUAAUAUUGUUAAAAAACACGAACCAAAAGUUUAUCUAUUUGCAAAUAGUAAUGAAGCAUUUGAAUUAUUAAAUGAAUACAAAGAUAUAAUAUCAACUUUGUCUCAAAUUUCGGAAUUAUUUUUAUUUAAAGAUUCAGAUGAUAUUAAAAAAUUUAAUUAUGUUUCAACAGCUGGACAUUUAUGUAGUUUUGGUAUUAAAACGAAUGAGAUCAUAGUUAAAUCAAAUGAUAAUUCAUCUAUAAAUAUAAAAAAGCUGACAAGACUGGAAAAUGAUUUAAAAAAAUUAAUGAUAACAAUUUCAAGUGAAGGGUAUAAGAGGUCUGUGAAUGAAACUGUGCAAUCGAAGCAUUUGGAAAGAAUUAAGCAUUUGGAACUAGAAAUAAGUAAAAUAAAAGGAAUUUCAUCAUGAUGUUAGACUAAUUGGAUCACACAAAGGCAAUUUUAUGAAAAAUUUAUUUCCGAAUAUGAAAGUAAGUUUAAAUGAUCACAGUAUACAUAGUUCAAGAUCUAUUAAACGCCUUAAUUAAUAUUAAAUUAAAGUGAAGCUUUUUAAUAUUAUUUUUAAAAUAUCAUACGAUAUUUAUUAAUUAAAAUCUAAACUGU